CUAAAACGUAGUUCAGACAUUUUGGUGAAACUGAGUUUCAAUAUUUCUCUGCAGGGAUUUGCUAUGGCCGCCUCAUACCCAAUGCUCGGUGCGAUUGUCUCGAACUGGUCGACGAUAAAAGGAAGUGGAAUGUACACAGCGUGGAUGUCCUGUAAUCUACAGUUUGGACUUGAUUCUUGGUUACAGUUUGGUUGCAUAAUCGCAUUACCAGUAUCUGGUGCUUUCUGUGUUUCACCGGUUGGAUGGCGAGGUGCAUAUUAUACGCUUGGUGGUCUGACCAUUAUCUCAUACGCCAUUUUCUAUUUGUUCUUCCGUGAUUCUCCAAGAAUCCACAGAUUCGUAAGCGCCAAGGAAUUGGAAUGGAUCGAAGAAGAUAAAACGGGCAUUCGUGAAAAGAAGUUGGAACCAGUUCCGUAUAAGGCAAUUCUGAAGAGUCUGCCCAUUUGGGGUGUGUGGAUUUGCUGCACGGGUGCCACUUUUGGCUAUCAAAUAUUCGUGCAGUAUGGUCCAAUUUAUCUGAAUAAGGUGUUGCACUUCAAAAUUGAGAACACUGGCUUCAUGACCGCGUUUGCGAAUAUUGUCGCCGUUAUUGUCAAGGUUCUCGGAGGACCAAUCAGUGAUCUGGCAACAUGUGUGUCGGCGAAGAAUCGAGUGAGAUUAUUCACACUCCUUUCACAAGGAACAAUGGCAUUGUCUUUCGUUGUGCUGGCGUUAGUGCCACCAAGUUUAGUGGGACUUGCUCAGGUUGCAUACACAGCUGCAGUUGCAUUCAGUGGUCUUAUGUGGGUUGGACCUGUGAAAAGUGGUGCUAUGGUUUCAAUGCAACACUCACAUUUCGUCUUUUUGGUCACGCAAUUCAUCAACAGCGUUGGUAUCAUUGUAUUACCACCAUUCGUCAACGGAAUUGCACCCGAUAACACUCCGCAGCAAUGGGCAAUCAUAUUGUUUUCAAUUUGUGGAGCGGUGAUCGUGUGCACAGCGUUUUUCACGUUUACUGGUGAAGCUGAACCUGCAUGGUGGACGAAGCCAGACGCGAAAUUGCAUCAUCAUCAUAAUCGACAAAAGAAUACCGUUGCAUUCGAAGAUCAAAUCGGUCAUGCACAGCCGUGCUGA